GCCGUUUCCUUCUGAUAUUCCAAGAAUAGGGAAAGGGGGUAACCGAUACUCACCAGACAUUGUCAAAGGUUUCUUCCUAGUUUCUUUCCCCAAACCUAUUCCGCUUUACAUUCGCACUCUCUGUUUGCAAAUCUAGAAACAUGGUUUCUUUGGUUUCUCGUACGGGAAGACACUUGCAGCGCUACAAGGAUGGACGUCGGCUUGUCGUUGGAUGCAUACCUUACAGAUACAAGAAUGGGGAGGAUCCUUCAUGUGAUAGCAGUAAUACCAUUGAUGAUGAAGGCGAAUUGGAGAUCCUUGUCAUCACUUCUCAAAAGGGUCAAGGCAUGUUGUUCCCAAAGGGAGGUUGGGAAAUAGAUGAGUCAAUUGAAGAAGCAGCCUUGCGAGAGACGCUGGAGGAAGCCGGUGUAAAAGGCAAAGUUCAGAAUAAAAUUGGGGAAUGGUGUUUCAGGAGCAAAAGGUAUAACACAAUCUACGAAGGUGUUAUGUUCCCCUUGCUUGUUAAAGAGCAACUUGAUCUUUGGCCUGAGAAGAACCUUCGCCAAAGGAAAUGGAUGACUGUGGCUGAGGCUAGAGAAGUGUGUCAACAUUGGUGGAUGAAGGAAGCACUAGACAGACUGGUUCGACGCUUGAUGCAACAACCAGAGGAAGAAGACAUAAUAAGAAUAUCAAGUUCUUUAAGCGAUGAGGAAGUAGGACCUUGUGCUCUAAGCUAGAGAAGGAAGGAAGGAAGGAAGGAAGGAAGGGGGGCUCUGUA